CCCUUUAGUUAACAUAUCUUACCCCAAACCCAAUCUCUUCUGCCAAUAAUUUGGGAAGUCAUUGAGCUUACCAAACCAAAUAUGUUUCCUUUACAACGAUGCAAUGAACUGGCGAUCCCCUUAUCUAAUAGUCUCAACCACCACCCACCAAAUCACAAUAUCUCCCAAGAUUUGAUUCUUGAUGAUUGUGAUUAUGUUGUUGAUUUUUCACAUAAAAAAUUGUGUAGCAGCCGGCCACCAAAGAAAUUAUUUUAUACACCAGCAGAUCACACCACAAAUCAUGAUAGUAAUCAUAAUCCUAUCAAAGACAAUAAGAAGAAAAUGAUUCAUAAGGAGAUUGAGAAGCAAAGGAGACAAGAAAUGACUACCCUUCAUGCUUCCCUUAGAUCCCUUCUCCCUCUUGAAUUCAUCAAGGGAAAACGUUCUAUAUCUGAUCAAAUGAAUGAGGGAGUGAAUUAUAUAAACCACUUGAAGAAGGAUAUAAAACAACUAAGUGAAAAAAGGGAUGAACUCAAAAAAUAUUAUAAUCUUCAAAGCCUCAAAAGCCAUGCAUCAUGUAGUUUCAGUAUCAACAAGAAUAAUACAACUGUGGGAAUUGAAAUUAGUACAGAGGAAGGGGUACCACUAUCUAAGUUGCUGGAACAACUUCUGAAAGAGGGACUUGAUGUUGUUAGCUGCUUUUCAAUUCAAGUCAACGGCAGAUUACUCCACAGUGCGCAGUGUGAGGUUAUUGAUUCUAUGAGUCUAGAUCUAUCUGAGCUAAGAAGGAAAUUUUCCAAAACUAAUCCAUCAUUUAGUUGUUCUUAACAUUUUCAAUAUCUGUCACUGUGGUAGUUGCGGUAUGAAUUAACACAAUUUCUUUUUCAUCAUAAAAAUAGUAAAUAACGGUGUCGGCAGUCGGCACCUUCCAAUACCGUUUUAUCGUGGCCGUUUUCGCGGCAACGACCCUUUUAAAACCUGGAUAUGUGAUUAAAUACAAUCUGCUGGCUAUUUACAGUUAUUGAUAUAUUCAUAUUUGCCCUUUCUAAUUGGCUGGUAAUAUAUUAUAUGUAGAGUGAGUUUUGUUUAGAUCCUUCUGAUGCUGUGUUUGAUAUUGAAACUUAUAUAAAUUAGCAUUUUUUUCAUAUUGUUUUUCUUAAUUUUGUUAAGUUUAGCGUGAGGAAUUUUUUUUUUUUCCUGCAAAGUUUAGUAAGUGAAAUGUUAGUGUUGGUAUAUAUAGAUUUUUCUAUAAUGAAUCUUAUUUGAAACUAUUUUUUGUUGCUGUUUCUUAGUUCUUAAUCAGUUUUUGUUAUAUAUUUCAACUUUCUCAACACAAAAGUGUACACAUAAGAGAGCACACACCCAAGAUAUUGAUUUCUGUAAGGAUUAGAAUUUGAUUGUCUAGGAGUCUUCAUAUCUUAGAUAGAGACUCUCAUCUUAUCCUUCUCUUAGAAUGUUCAUUUGCAUUGAAUUCAUACGUAUGGCUUGGUCUAAGUCAGCGAGUUUUCUCUUCAUCCAUGCAUAACCUUGCUGCAGCUUAUUAUCAUGUUGCAAUAAAGUGAAGCUCUCACCUCUCUCUAGCUUUUUCAGCAAGCAGUCAUCAUCUCUCAUUACCAUUCAUGCGGCUCUCCUUUGGAACAAUAGGUAGAUAUUUCAAUCUUGAGUUCAAACCCUUCCUUGUCUCAUGCAUUCUAACUAGUCGAUCUUCAUGCAUUUUAAACAGAUUCAUGCAUUUUAGCUUAGCUUUCCUUUUAGUAUAGGUUGCAUUGCAUUGGUUUUCAAUCAGUUCCGGCAUGUACGCUUUCAUCUCACCCAAUAAAACACUAAGGUAAAACUCCUAGACGCACAAUGUUAUUUUUUUUCAAAAAAAUAUAAUCUAUUUCCUCUACGUAAAUACAAAAUCGAGAGAUAAAAUAAUCAGAGUACAUGUUUCGAAACACAACAACUGCAGUUUUUAUUUUUAUUUUCCAGUUUUUGUUUUUAUCUCUUUAAAAGUGGUAUUUUUUAUUUUAGUUUUUAUUUAAUUAUUAAAUAAUAUAUUUCAUCGAUUUCUCUAAUAUUCGAGGGGUAUGAUAUCCAGAUUUUACUAUAAAAUGAUUCAUUUAUUAAGUUUUACCCUAAAACUAAGUCAUGUAUACAGCCGCAUACUCGUAAACAUCAUUCUUUGAGAUGAAUUACAAGAUAGAAAAAUUCUUUAGUUCUGUAUUGUUCUUCUUCUAACACCAAUUUUUUACAAAUCAUUUUUCUAUUUUUUGCAAUUUAUAUCACAUAAUGGUAGGGGUGUUUGCAGGCCGGUUUAAUUCGGUGUUAAGAGAAUCUGAUAUUCAAAUUGAUUAAAACUAAAUUGAUUGGUUUGAAUUGGAUUUGCAAAUUUUGCGAUAAAGCUCAAAUCAAACCGACCCGAGAAACAACCGGUUGGUUUGGGUUGGAUUGAUUGGGUAGAUAAAAAAUACAACUUUUUUUUAAAAAAUAGCUUAUUUACAUAAAUAAAUUUUUCAUAAUAAUAUUAAUAGUGUUCAUUUGUAAAUAUUAGACUAGCAAUUUUUCCUUAAUAGAUUCAAAAAUAUCUAACAAGAAAAAUAUCUAACAUAAAGACUUUUGAAUCUAUAACUAGUCACUUGAGUUAGUAUGAUAAUGAAUGUGUUUCAUAGCUCUAUGCUCAAUUACCACAUUACACUAACAAUUUUCUAAUAACAAAUUAAAAUAGCAUAACUUAUCUACAUACGACAUUUUACUUUUUUCUUAUCGGAGUUAAAUGUUUGGUAGUAAUUUUCAUGAUAAUUAAUUAUGGUGGUUUGAGUUGGGUUUGCGGGUAGAAAAUUGAAAAUCCGACGUCUGAACCAAUGGUCAUUGAAUUUCAUUAGUUUGGUUUGGUUUUUGCCCGAACUAAAAAAGUGUCUCACUCAAAUAUUAUGAUUUGGUUCAGAUUCUAGUUUGGUUCGGAUUUACCCGAACUAAUGAACACCCCUACAUAAUGGUGUUAUUUUUGUUGUUGUUGUUCUUAUUUUCAUCUCUUGUCAACAACGUUGAAUGGUAAACAAAAAAGCAUUGCUAUAUUUUGGUAUUACUUUCCAAUGUUGUUAGUCAAAGAAGACAUUCUAUAAUAUAUUUCUUUCUUCGAUUGACAACAUUUAGAAAUAUAUUUCCAAUAUUGUCGGUCAAAGAAAACAUUAUGUAAUAUAUUGCUUUCUAUAAUCAUAAUGCAAUGUUGU